AUGGCCGGCGCGGCAGGCCGGGGGCAGGAGCGCGGGGCGGGCCCCGGGCGUGCGGUUGCUGCGGUGACCGGAAAUGGGAGGGCGCCGGGAAGCGGCCGCGUAGCGCCGGCGGUCGGCAGGAGCAGGCCCGGGAUGGCGGGCAGGGGCCCGGCGGGACGGGCGCACAGCGUCUGCAUGGUGUCGGACUUCUUCUACCCCAACAUGGGGGGCGUGGAGAGCCAUAUUUACCAACUGUCGCAGUGCCUCAUCGAGCGGGGCCAUAAGGUCCUGGUGGUCACCCACGCCUACGGCUGCCGGAAGGGCGUCCGCUACCUCACCAACGGCCUGAAGGUCUACUACCUGCCCCUGAAGGUAAUGUACAACCAGUCCACGGCAACCACGCUCUUCCACAGCCUGCCCUUGCUCAGGUACAUAUUCGUGAGGGAGAGGGUCACCAUCGUCCAUGCCCACAGCUCCUUCUCGGCCAUGGCCCACGACGCCCUCUUCCACGCCAAGACCAUGGGGCUGCGGACGGUGUUCACCGACCACUCCCUCUUCGGCUUCGCGGAUGUGAGCUCGGUGCUCACCAACAAGCUUCUGACCGUGUCCCUAUGUGACACCAACCACAUCAUCUGCGUCUCCUACACCAGCAAGGAGAACACGGUGCUGCGAGCUGCCCUGGACCCCCGCAUCGUCUCGGUCAUUCCCAACGCCGUGGAUCCCACGGACUUCACCCCAGAGCCCUCCCAGAGGGAUGACAAAACAGUGACCAUCGUCGUAGUCAGCAGGCUGGUGUAUAGGAAAGGUAUAGAUUUGCUUAGUGGCAUCAUCCCUGAGCUCUGCCAGAAGUACCCAGAGUUACAUUUCCUGGUUGGAGGGGAAGGACCAAAGCGCAUCGUGCUGGAGGAGGUGCGGGAGAGGUACCAGCUCCACGACAGGGUACGUCUCCUAGGAGCCCUGGAGCACCAGGAUGUCAGAAAUGUUCUAGUCCAGGGGCACAUCUUCCUCAACACUUCCCUCACUGAGGCCUUUUGCAUGGCAAUUGUGGAAGCAGCAAGCUGUGGUUUACAGGUGGUGAGCACCAGAGUGGGUGGCAUUCCUGAGGUGCUGCCAGAGAGCCUCAUCAUUCUGUGUGAGCCCUCUGUGAGAUCCCUCUGUGGAGGCCUGGAACAAGCCAUUGCCCGGCUGAGGUCAGGGGCACUGCCAUCCCCUGAGGCUGUGCACAGGGAGGUGAAGACCUUCUACACCUGGAGGAACGUGGCAGAGAGGACUGAGAAGGUAUACAGCAGGGUGGCAGCUGAGGCCGUGCUGCCCAUGGCCCUGCGGCUGGGCAGACUCAUGUCGCACUGUGGCCCGGUCACCGGCCGCAUCUUUGCUCUCCUGGCUGUCCUCAACUUCCUGCUCUUGCUGCUCCUGAGGUGGAUGACUCCAGAUUCCAUCAUUGAUGUUGCAAGAGAUGCCACAGGACCUAAAGGUGCAUGGACCAAGCAGUGUUGUGUAGGAAAGAAAGGAAGAGUCCCAAGCUCCUGA